AUGAGCUCCGCCGUGCGGGUCAACGUCAUGUUCUACUGCGUCUUCCGGUUGCGAAACCAACUGGAGCUGGAUGCCUUGGUGGAGGAGCUGAGCGCCAUGCUCCCGAAAGAAACCCUCUACGCCAUGUACGAGGAGGCCACGAGGGAGCCCUACAGCUUCUGGUUCGUUAACCUCCGCGCGCCCAAGGAAGACAUGUUUUGGGUGCGCUUCGACCGGAAGUUCUUGCUAAAUGGGGACGCUCCUGGCAUCUACGACCCCAGCCACUGGCCGCCGCCAGAGAGGCCCCGGCAAACCUCCGACGGGUCCAACGCCAGCGAGUUCUCGGUGCGGCCCACCCUUUUUUUAAGGCGCCGUUCUAAAAAGGGCAUGACGAGUAUCUACGUGGACUCGCGCCUCCGCGCGGAGGGCACGGACAGCAGCUUCUCCUUCGACAUCGGUGAGAGUGUGCACAUUCAAUCCGGCGCCAAACUUGCGGUGUACAAGGUGCGCGUCGCCGACGCUUUUCUGAGCAGCGACCGCGGGACCUUCCUGUACUGGGAGGACGAGGUGGCCGGCACCCUGCACUACGCCGAGCUGCCUGUCGGCGCAUACACGGGGCCGAGGCUUGCGGCGUGGAUCAGCUCCAACUUCGCCGCGGCCACGUACACAGCCGAAACAAAUGAGCUGGACGUCACCUACGACGGCGCGCGCAUGAUCCUGAACGACGCCGAGCUCCGGCAGCGCUUCCCGGGGUGCCCAACACUGGCCAACGGGGAGACGACAGUGGGCCCGUUGGGGCACGACAUCCUCUGCAAAAUAGUCGUUUCGAAAGGUGUGGGCCACGUCAUGGAGACCGAGACGUCAGAGGGGCACUGGGUUCAGCUGCACGGGCCCAUAACUCUGCGUCACUUGCGCUUCAAGCUCACCGACUACCAGGGCAACAUCGUGAACACCAGAGGCACCAGCAUUUCCUCUGUGGAUGAACCCGCUCCUGCGCAGCCGGUGGUGGCCACCGAGCCCGCCGUGGCCGAGCCUCCCGCGCAGCCGGUGGUGGCCGAGCCUCCCGAGCCUGCCGCGGUGGCCGAGCCGCCGACCGAGGCCGCGAUGCUGCGGGCGUUUCACAAGCAGUAUCCCAGCUACAACUUGACGCCGCUGCUCUACAAGCGGCAGCAGCAAUUGAUCGUCGUGUUGACCCGGCAGUUCGUGACUGCAACCUUAGGCUCUCAACAGGAAAACGGCCCCGCGGCGUACCGCAAAGCAAGCCUGCAGCAAAACAGGAUUCCAUCCCUGUUGCACUCACCGCAUGGUCAGAAAGCAGCAUCGCCCGAUGAUGCUCGGGCCUUCAACGAGUGGCUGGCCAACCGGCGGCAGCGCCAGGAGGGCGAGGCCUAUACGGAUGAAGUGGGGCGUGCAGUGGACGCCGUUAACAGGAGGAUCCCCCAGUUGAGGUGGGCCCCCGCCGAGCGGGCGGGCGUGCGUCGCGUGGCCCGCGACGUGGCUGCCGGGCGCAACACUAGCGUCCUGGGCUACAUCGCUGAGGGCGAGCCCUUGCCCAUCGACCUCCCAAACCGCAAUGCCAGCAUCCUGACUUCCAGCCACUUCUGGCUGGACGACUAUCCCCAGAGCUCCGAGCCCGAGCCAGCCCCGCUGCCCCACACGACCGUGGACCCUGCAGCAGCCUACGACCCUACGAGGAUGCCAACGAAGGCUACGAUAGGGUGCCCUUCCCGAGAAGGGACUGAGCCUUCGACAUGGACAGCGAGCCUGAUUUCGGGGCCGUGGACCCUGGCCACGCUGACGGGCUGA